AUGGUGGCAGAUGCUCUUUCUCGGCUGCCAGCUCCUGCCGCGCAGGCACAGCUGGCCAAGGAUGAAGAAAUUGUGUCGUCGGUCGAGUCGGCUUGCGUAACGAAGGAAGAAUUCAAGCAAGCCGUCCUCAACGAUGGUUGUCUGCAAAUGGUCAAGUCGUUCGUGCUCGGUUCUUGGCCACCACAAAAGUCCAUACCAGAGGAGGCAAAACCUUUCUACUCUGUGCGCGAAGAACUUUCUGUUGUUGAUGACCUUCUUCUGCGCGCAGAACGCCUCGUUGUUCCGUCCUCACUCACGGCUCAGUUCAUCGCCGUUGCCCUCGAGGCACAUCCGGGCAUCACGCGCACAAAGGCGCGACUUCGUGAGCUAUUCUGGUGGCCACAGAUGAACACGCAAGCUGAAUCUGCCGUGAAAAACUGUCACAUCUGCCUGGAGGCAGAUAAGUCUGCCAAAACAUCGCCAGCGCCAUUGCAGCCUAUUGACUGGCCUGAAAGGCCAUGGCAGAAACUGGGCCUAGACAUUGUUGGCCCAUUGGAACAUGCACCUCACAAUAGCCAAUUUGCUAUAACACUGGUCGAUUACCAUUUCAAAUGGCCAGAGAUAUAUUUCUGCAGCGAAGUGGCCACAAGCACCGUGAAAGACUUCUUAACCAGUGUUUUUGCCCGUGAAGGAUACCCGGAAGAGAUCGUUUGCGACAAUGGGCCGCAGUUCACUUCACGUGAAUUUGUAACCUUUCUUCAAAACCAAGCCAUCAAGCUGUCUCAUUCGUCUGUAUAUUACCCCCAGGCGAAUGGGCAAGUCGAGAGGUUCAAUCGAACUCUGAAGAACUUCAUCCAGGUUUCACUCCUCGAAAGGAGACCUAUCCGACAAGCAGUUACGGACUACCUCUCUAUUUACCGCUCUACUCCACAGGCUACCGCUGGAGUUGCCCCAGCAGUUCUGCUGCAUGGGCGAAUGCCCCGAACCAGAUUGGAUGUUGUGGGGUUUUCGGCACCAGCAUUUGCAAAAGACGCAGCAAAGGAACUGGCGCGACUGCGCCAAAGGGUCCGGCUUCAACAGCAAAGCAGUAAGGAGUACACGGACCGCAGGAAAGCUGCUAAGCAGCCAAAGAUAGCUGUGGGUGAUUUCGUUCGUAUCAAGAAGCCGACCGUUCGCUUCAAGGGGAUCGCUCCUUUUCCUCGCCAACUGAGGUGUUGGGGAGGAGGGGACCUGCCUCUUUCCGACUUGCAGACGGCCGCACAUGGAACGCCUCCAAGCUUUCCCGGGUUCCUGAGAGGGGCACGAUUCAACCAUACCAACGUUCGGAGCUACCUGCGCCACAGCUUCCGGUUCAAGUGCCGCAGCCUGCCCUGCCGUUGCCGCCUUCUCCCGGGUCGCAGCCGCCGCCUCCUGGCGUACUCCAGUCUGCUGUACCGCAGUCGCCUGCUCCUGAUCCGCAGCUGCCUGUACAGGAGCCUGCCAUGCUGCAGCCGCCUUUUCCUGGGCCGCAAUCGCGGUCUCCUGGCGUACUACAGAGCUAUACAAGCUCAUUACCAUCUCUGGCCAUGCAGCAUCCCCAUCGGCCGUCCCGAGAGCGCCGGCCACCGGUCUGGCUCAAGGACUAUCAGACCAACUAGUUGCCUGUGUGUAUAG